CUGAACGGAUGCGAUUGGUUUCUUAAGUCUUGCGCCGAAAUGAGUGCUUCAGUGGAAUCAUUGCACAGAAAAGAUGAUGAAGAAGAUUACAAUCCAUUUGAGCAUCGCGACGUAGAGAAACCAAAUUCAACUUUGGGAACGUUGAUGCACGUCAUUAAAGGAUCGCUGGGAACGGGAAUAAUGGCUAUGCCAAUGAUAAUAAAGAACGGUGGACUUAUCUUCGGAACCGUUGGGACAAUCGUCAUUUGUGGCUUGUACGCUCAUUGUGUUCACUUACUGGUGAAUGUUUCCCAAAAGGCUUGCAGGCGAAGUCGUAUUCCGAAGUUGGGAUUUUCCGAAACCGCAGUCGACGUUUUCUCGAAGGGUCCUCCAGCAGUGAGACCAUUUGCAAAAUAUUUUUCACGGAUGAUCGAUGUUAUGAUCCUGGUGCACAGUAUGCUGUCCUUCAGCUUAUACCUCAUAUUUAGUGCCAAGUCAUUCCAAGAUGUGAUUUUUAACCAGCAGGGAAUCGACUGGGAUACCCGAAUCUACAUCCUUAUGAUACUGGUUCCCGUUAUUUUUAUUACGCAGGUUAGAGUAUUGAAAUAUUUGGUACCCUUCUCGGUAGUAUCUUCAACUCUAAUAAUGGCAUCGAUUGGAAUCACUUUCUAUUUCAUCUUUAGUGAGCCCAUUUCCUUAAAGGGUAGAAAUUUAUGGCCCCAGUGGAGUACUUUACCUGCCUUUUCAAGCGGCGCACUGUUUGCCAUUCAAGGCAUCAAGUACAUUCUUCCGGUCGAGAACGAUAUGAAACAUCCUGAGCAUAUGCGUAGCCCACUGGGGGUUAUCAACAGCGCCAUAUCGUUCCUUACGAUUCUUUACUCGAUUAUGGGAUUCGUCGGUUACGCUCAGUACGGUGAAGAGGUGAAGGGUUCUGUCACUCUGAAUCUGCCGAGUAACAGCACACUGGCCGAAUCAACUCGAGUUUUGUCCGCCACGGCAAUGAUCGUUACUCUCGGCCUGAGCUUCUACGUCCCGAUGCAGAUCGUUUGGGAGCAGGUGAAGCAGAGAUUUUCUCCCAAGCAUCAUAAUUUGGCACAAAUUUGCUUGCGAUUUGUGAUUGUGAUCGUUCUGGCUGGUAUCGCCAUUGGUGCGCCGGAAAUCGAACCCUUCGUAGGGCUUGUGGGAUCACUUAGUUCGUCGAUUUUGGGUGUUAUUGUUCCGGCAACGAUUGACCUCGUCUUCCGAUGGCCUAAUGGCCUUGGUUUGCUCAAGUGGCGCCUGUUUAAAGAUACCAUACUUCUACUAUUUGGAACAUUCGUGUGUGUAGUCGGGACCUAUUUUAGUAUACUGGAUAUUGUUGCAAUUUACAAAUAA